GUUAAACCGAUUGAUGAUUAAAUCAAUUUCUAUUGUUUAUUAAUUAAUGUGAUUUUCUUAAUAAUUUUUGAACGAAAAUUAAUUAAAUAGAAACACGUGCAAGUAGUUAAUGUAAAUUAAUCAAUUUCCAUGGUUUUAGCUGGUGACAAAAUUGUUUCUCUUUUUGGAUAAACUGUUUUUUCCUUGGACCAAUUUUAGUUUAAAUAUUUAUUUUAUUUAUCGAUUCAUUUUUUAGGAUCGAUUUUUAUCAACUUGAAAUGAUGGACAGUUCAACAAACGAAACGCAGAUUCCAAAUGAUUGUGUCAACAAUGGUUAUCGUUACUUCAUCGAAGGGACCAUUGGACUGAUCGCCGGUUCUCUCGGUGGUUCUGCUAAUGUUUUCGUUGGUCAACCAAUGGACACUUUAAAGGUCAAAUUGCAAACUUUUCCUCACCUUUAUUCAGAUAGUUUUCAAUGUUUCAAGAAAACUUUAGCCAAUGAAGGUUUUUUUCGCGGUCUUUAUGCUGGUACACUUCCCGCUUUAGCUGCAAAUAUCGCCGAGAAUUCAGUUCUAUUUGCUGCCCAUGGAUUUUGCCAGAAAGGUGUCACAUCGAUCACUGGAAAUUUAGGCUCUCCCACUCCACUGGAAAACGCUGUCGCUGGUUUUUUCGCGGCGUUUUUUUCCUCUUUUACCCUUUGUCCCACCGAACUAGUCAAAUGUCGCCUUCAAUCAUUACACGAAACUGGUCAUAAAGGAAAAGUCUCUGCUAUUGGAAUAACUGGUCAAAUAAUAAGAGACGAGGGUUUACUUGGACUGUUCAGAGGAUUCACUCCCACUUUAGCUCGAGAAAUGCCAGGUUACUUUUUUUUCUUCGGAGGUUAUGAAGCAUCAAGAUUUUUUCUUACCGAUGGUCAACCAGAAAAAGCAGGUCUUGGUACAACUAUUGUCGCUGGUGGAAUUGGUGGAAUGUGUCUAUGGACUUCGAUAUUUCCCUUUGAUGUGGCCAAAUCUCGAAUGCAAAUCGAACCAACCAAUGAAUCAAUGUUCAAAGUUAUCAAAAGGAUUUACCUUUGUGAUGGAUUUCGAGCUUUAUAUAAAGGAUUAGGUCCAACUUUACUUAGAACUUUUCCUGGAACCGGAGCUCUUUUCGUAGCUGUUGAAUAUUCAAAAGUUUUUAUGACGACAAACGCACAAUCCUAUGGAUGGUUAUAAUAACAAUUAUCUAGAAUUUAGAAUUAGAUUUAAAUUAUUUUUUAAACUUCGUUGCCAAUUUCGUAGAUUUUUUCAUGUUCAAGUAAAUUAAAUGAAUUACAUUGUAAUCAAGAA